UAGAGCUGUUAAGCUGUGAAAAGCCACGCUCAGAUUAGAGAUGGGGGAAGAUUUGCACGUCUGAAUGUCUACAAUCGUCUGAAACGUCCGGGCGAACAUGAAGACUCUGGUCUUUCUGCUGCUGCUCCUGAGCACUGCUCUACACACUGUGUUCUCUUGUGCCGUGUGUAAAGGCGAGGCACUCAAGUGUUACACCUGCGUUGCGUCCAAUCAGGAUGAGUGUAACCGACAAGGCAUGACUGUGUGUCCUGCUAACUCAGAUGCCUGUGCAACCAUCACAGGGGCCAACUCAGUGAUGAAGUCAUGCUCCUUUAAAUCGUUCUGUGAUAAAUCCAACAUGAGCAAUGGAGGAAUGAAGCUGGAGUGCUGCUUUAAUGAUGAGUGCAACGGGCCACAUCGUGCCCACAGUCACGGAAAACACAAUAACGGCGCUGUGGCUCUGAACUCCAGCCUGAGCAUGCUCCUGGGAGUACUGAUGAUCCGUGCUGCUUUCAGCGUCAUGUAAAAUCAUAUUAACACCAGAAACAAACACUUUAGGACAUAUUAUUAGUUUUAUUUUAUUUAUAAGGCAUAUCCUUCUCAGUAUUAUAGCGGGAAUGUAAAAAACUGCAUUGGAUAUUAGGUUUAUAGUGAAUGUACAUUAGCAGUUAAGAAAUUUUGGACACACCUCUUUAUUUUGUACAUUUUUUGAUUAUUUUAUUACAAAGAGAAAGAUAUUUAAACUAAAGUCUUCUUAAGAAAUGUGGUAUAAGGCAAUAGUGUGGACAAAAAUGGCUUUUAAUUAAAAUUCUCAACAGUUUCUCCUGAUAAAACUUUCCCAUGGCACAUUCUUGGCAUUUUCUGUUCACAAGGUUCAUGAAGAAGCUUACUUUCUGAGGUGUACGUAAAAAAUGAUUAUUUUGGGAUUAAAAAAAAACAACAACAACAACAAAAUAAAUGUCUGCAUGGACUUCAUUAUUUAUAUACACAUUAUUAUAAAAAAAAUCAAAAAUUAAAUCUUUAUAUUUCACAAUAUUUCACAUUGUCAAGUUUUCAAAUGUCUUGUACGAAAAUGACAAAAUUUAAUCUGUUGUGCAAAAUUUUUAACUGGUAGUGUACCUCGAUUUAACUGGGUAUUAAAGGAAUUCAUUUGUGUCGUAGAUUUCGAUUAGUCUAUAGUAUAUAGUAUUAUGAUGCAAGCAUUGUGUACUUUUCUUUGUCUUUUCCUUUUGGCUCUCUGUUUUACACCUUUUAGUAUGUUUUGUGCUCUAACACACACCGACUUACACUGUUCACUUCAUCAACAUACCAUUGAGAACAAAAGGGGUUUGUAUUAAAGGAAAAAUGCACGAAAGGAAUAGUAGAAUUAGACCUAAUAAGGCUGAAAGUGCCGGAAAUUAAUUUGCAUAGCCGGUAUAUCUUUCUAGAUCUUUCUCGCUUUCACGAAGUAUAAAGCCACCUAAAGUUUGCUUCUGAAUGUUUGUGGUUUGUGAUGGAUAUGGACUUGAAUGAUUGAUGGCUAAAUAAAGCUGACAGCCGAAUAAUA